AUGCAGUUCACUCUCUCCGCUGUUGUCCUCGGCCUCGCCGCCACUGUCGCUGCUCUCCCUCCCUCCGCUGGUGCUGGAAACGGUAUCGGCAACAAGGGCAACACCAACGUCAAGUUCCCUGUCCCCGAUGACCUCACCGUCAAGCAGGCUCAGGCCAAGUGUGGUGACCAGGCUCAGCUCUCCUGCUGCAACAAGGCCACCUACGCUGGUGACACCACCGAUGUCAACUCUGGCAUCCUCGGCGGCACCCUCAGCAACCUGAUCGGCUCCGGCUCCGGUGCUGACGGUCUCGGUCUCUUCGACCAGUGCUCCAAGCUCGAUCUCCAGAUCCCCAUCAUCGGUAUCCCCAUCCAGGACAUCGUCAACCAGAAGUGCAAGCAGAACAUUGCCUGCUGCCAGAACUCUCCUUCCAGCGCCAACUCCGACCUCAUUGGUCUUGGCCUCCCCUGUGUCGCCCUCGGCUCCAUCAUCUAA